AUGUUUCUUGCUGUUUCUAGAGGCAUUCAAUUAGCGGCGAAACAAAGUGUCCAGCGAUUUCAUCUCGGGACUGCCAAACAGAGCCAUGAUGUUCUCUUUGUGCAUAGAGACACACCUGAAAACAGUUCAAAAACACCUUUCCAAUUGACUCCUGAAAAUUUAAAAAGAGUUGAGUCAAUUCUUGCAAACUACCCAAAGGGCUUUGAACCAUCAGCCAUCAUACCAAUGUUAGAUAUAUGCCAGAGACAGCAUGGUUGGCUGCCCAUAUCGGCGAUGAACUACGUGGCAGACUAUUUAAAAGUCUCGAGAAUGAGGAUAUAUGAAGUCGCUACAUUCUAUACCAUGUUCAAAAGGGAGCCAGUGGGGAAAUACCACGUUCAAGUAUGUACCACGACACCGUGUAUGGUAGCUGGCUGUGGAAGUGGCGCCAUCUUGGACGCCAUUAAACAAAAACUCGGGAUAGAUGUAGGCCAGACGACUGCCGACAAAACGUUUACAUUGGGUGAAUGCGAAUGCCUCGGUGCAUGUGUCAACGGUCCCAUGCUUAUGAUAAAUGAUGAUUACUAUGAAGACCUGACAGCCAAAGAUGUAAACGAAAUUCUCGACGAUAUAAAAGCUGGGAAGAAACCAAAACCCGGACCUAGGCAGUCAGGAAGAUUUUCGGCAGAACCAUCCGGCGGUCUGACUACCCUCAAAGAGCCCCCAUACGGACCCGGCUUCAAAGUUCUCAAAGAACUAUAG